AUUUCUUUCUUUCUCUCUCUGUCUCUCUCUCACACACACGAGCAACCCUACAACAACUACAAGCAUUAAUCUCUCUAUUCUCUCCCCCAUACAUAAACAUAUUGAUGGUUCUUCAGCAUUGAUUAUUUCAUAGGUAAAUACAAAGAAUAACGACAAUAUUUACAACAUUAUCAUUCUACCGGCCACCACCAUCACCACCAACAACAACAGCAACACCAUCACCCAUCACCACCAAAAACAACUACAACAAUAACAACAUCCACAAUAACGACCAAUAAUACGAGUCCGGUCUUUCCAACAGAAGCUAAAUAUCCAUAUAAAAAAUAAUAAUAAAAGAACUCUCCCGAAAACAAAAGGUUUAACGACUGCUUCAAGAACACACAUACCCCCUUCUCUCUCUAUAUUACAUUACUGUUUACCUAUAUAUAUAUAUAUAUGUAGUGUAUGUAUAGUGAUUUCCCAAUUUUUAGACUAUUUACAUGACAUAUUGACCAUCUUCCUACUCUAAUCAUAAAAGAAUUAUAUACAACUUAGAAUCUGUGGAUUCUCUCUUUAGAAGGAAUACACCUACUCAAGAGAAAAACAAGCACACGCACAUAUAUUAUACACAUACACUGAUACAUACAUAUACAUAACACCACACACACACACACAGAGAAGACAUCCGCCCCAACCAUAGAGCCACCAAAACAUUAAGAUGGGAAUAAACAAUGACAAAAAUAAGUGCUUCAAUAACAGGAUAUGGAAUUUAUUGGUUGUAUCAGGAAAAUGUAUAACGAAAAAAUAUAAGUGUCCCUGAUAUAGCCUGAUAUAUAUACAUACAUAUAUAUAUAUAUGUAUGUAUAUUAUAUGUAUAUGUCUAUAUUCUUUAGAUAUUUUACUAAACUGCUUUUGACGGAUAUUUUAAUUUCAUAAGGAAGAGAUCAAACAGCACACAAAGCAAAGUGUGCGGACUGCAUGACGCCAUGGUUGUGGUGUAUGUGCCCGAUGUGUCUUCGGCAGUCGAUAACAAGGGACAUAUUAUUUUUGACUUUCUCAUGCCAAAUGGGAUCCUCAUUACGAUGAAAGUAGACUUUUACUGUGCUACAUUUGAAAAAAUCAAGCAGGACUUAUGGCUAGAAGCAUCGAAGCAACCACUUUAUUUUCUACUUCGGAGCUAUGAGGAAUAUGCCUUCCAGUUUAUCAACAACCAAGGGAAAAGGGAAGAAGUAUUGUGGGAAAGUCAAUCUCUGUCUGAAAUACAACUUUGUGCAACAUUCCUAAAACUCAUAGAAAAAGAAUUGAACAACGAAAGACGUUACUCUUUAGACCGACGCAUAAAUUCUUUAAUUUCAAUUCCAAGUUAUGAAUUAACAGAUCUGCAAUCUAGUGAAGUGGAAAAUUUCCGUGUAAGGAUCAAGGCUUACUGUGAUAAGAUUGUUCUAGAAAGGGAUCACUUGGGAUGGGAUGAAAGAAUUAAAUACUGCUUCCCUCCUCGACUGUGUAAAGAAGAGUUGAGAGCAAAUAUGGUAGAGAAAUUGAAUACAGAGAAACUAAAUGAGGGUUAUUUUUCAAUUGAAAUCUCUCGAGGCAAAAAGGUUGUCAAAGAAGAAGUAUUGUGCAACUUUUACCCAAAACAGUUAGUGUCUGAUCUGGUAAAAAGAAGACCUAAGGAGCUGGGACUUAAAGAUUUGGAUGCUGCUAACUAUUUGCUCAAAGUGUCAGGAUUGGACGAAUAUUUAUAUGGAAACCAUGCUCUCAUAGAUUUUAAGUUUAUUUAUGAAUGUCUUCACAAGGACUCUGUUCCCAGGGUAUGUUUGGUGACUCGGUCGGAAGUUUGUUUACCAGCUCCUACUAUACCACCCAGGAAAUCUUCAUCUUCAUUUUCUUCACGGAAUACUCAAGAAAAUGUCAUACCAGAUAUACAUUCUUGGGAUAUCUUUUCAAAAGUUACUAUCAAAAUCAAUUGUGUUACUCAAGUGGAAAUUUCGGAUGGCAACAAAAUAAAGGUAGUUGCAGGUCUCUAUCUUGGUCAUGAUGUGUUGUGUGAUGUGGUCUCAACAGAUGAACUGGCUCUAUCCCAACGGACCUGUGUCUGGAAUUCAGAACUGACCUUUGACCACUUGGUCAGUGACCUCCCGGAGAUGACCCGGAUCUGUUUCAUGUUGUAUUCUGUUGGCACAGGGAAGAAUAAGAAGCAGAAGGAUGCAAAUCCAUUAGCUUGGGCAAACAUCCCCUUGUUUGAUUACAAAUCUCAGCUUCGAUGUAACACCUGUGAACUGUUUAUGUGGCCAAUCCAAGAUGAUCUACAAUUAGAUGAACCUUGCUUUCCUAUCGGAACUGUAACUCCAAAUCCUGCUGGUAAGAAAGCUACAACCCUCCGUGUUUAUUUCUCAACGUAUAACAGAGAUAAGAGAAUCGUGUAUCCACAAAAACAAGAGAUUUUAGGUAAAGCUGCUGAAAAUAUGGAGCCUGUUGGUUCAUUUGGAUCUCCUAUGUGGAGGCCUAACAAGAUCGUAAUUGACCAAGUACGGAAAAUCAUCGAAGAAGGAAAUGCUCUCUUUGAACAGGAUAAAGAACUUCUGUGGCGAUUGCGUCACGAAAUCAAACAUCGGUUUCCCAAUUCUCUACCUUUGCUGCUGUCAUCUGUAAAAUGGAAUAACAAAAUUGAUCUUUCAAAGAUGCAAGCAUUAUUAAUGAGUUGGCCAAAACUAAACUGUGAACACAGUUUAGGUUUACUUGAUUUUGCAUAUGCUGACAGAGUUGUGAGAGAAUUUGCUGUUAGUUGUCUUCAAGAACUGCCAGAUGAUGAAAUCAUGCAGUAUCUGCUACAGUUAGUACAAAUACUGAAGUAUGAAAGUUAUUUAUAUUGUCCAAUCGUUGAGCUGCUGUUAAGCCGAGCUUUACGAAACCGGUGUUUUGGACAUAGAUUUUUCUGGCUCCUCAAGUCGGAAAUGCAUGAAUGCCAAGUAAAUGUAAGGUUUGGUCUCAUACUGGAAGUCUACUGUAAAUCUUGUGCUGAUCAUACAAAGGACUUGAUACGUCAAAAUGAAGCUUUGUUGAAGAUUAACUCAGCCAAUAUGCUUAUCAAGAACACAACGUUGAACAUUGGUGACAAGAAAGUGAAAGACACACUUCUGAAAGAUUUCCACGCAGUUCUCAGUCAGAAAGCAUACACGGAGGCUCUCAACGAACUUCAUAGUCCAUUAAACCCCUUAUGGAAAAUGAAUAAAUUAAUAAUUGAUGAAUGCAAAUUUUUAGAUUCCAAAAAACGUCCAGUAUGGCUGGUGUGGCGAAAUGAAGAAGCUUACCAAAGUAACGAGAAAUUCUCUAUUAUAUACAAGAAUGGCGAUGACCUCCGACAAGACAUGCUGACGCUGCAAAUUAUCCAAAUUGUUGACUCCAUUUGGCAAGAAGAAGGUGUGGAUCUCAAAAUGAACCCGUAUGGUUGUCUGUGUACAGGAGAAAACACUGGAAUGAUUGAGGUGGUUUCUAAUGCUGAAACCAUAGCUUCCAUCCAACGCAAUUAUGGGGCUGUUAAAUGUGUUUACGAAUGGCUGAAACAGCACAAUACCACAGAUGAAAAAUUAGCAAAAGCAGUCACAGACUUUUCUCUCUCCUGUGCUGGUUAUAGUGUCAUCACCUAUGUCUUGGGAAUUGGUGACCGGCAUAAUGACAAUAUCAUGAUCAAAACCAAUGGCCAACUUUUCCACAUAGAUUUUGGUCACAUUUUGGGCAACAAAAAAAAGAAAUUUGGUGUCAGACGAGAAAGGGUACCGUUUGUGCUGACAUCACAUUUUGUGUAUGUCAUUAAAAAUGGUGAAGGCCAGAACGAUAAUUUCCAAAAGUUUGAAGAGAAUUGCCAAUUAGCCUAUAUGAUUCUUCGUCGUAGGAGUCACGUUUUGAUUACACUGUUUAAUUUGAUGCUGCAAUCAGGCUUGCCCGAACUUUCCUCUGACAAAGACGUCGAAUAUUUGCGGAAAGCCUUGGCGCUUGGUGCAUCCGAUCAAGAAGCAUCUCAGCAAUUUCGUGCCAAACUAAAAGAAGCUCAAAAUAAAUGCUGGACGACUGAAUUGAAUUGGUGGUUCCACUCGCGAAAUGUUGACAAUACUUAAGAUAUUUUUUAAUCUGUUUCAUUUUUUUUUUGUUAUGUUAUUUUUUUUUUUUAUAUUCUAAGUAAAAACCAAAAAAAAAAAAAAAUCAAAACUUCCCUAUAUUCCAAAAAUGAGUAAAUGAACAAAAAAAAAAAAAACCCAACAAAACAAAAACAAAACAAACAAAGAGAUACUUUUUAUUUUAAUCCACAGAAUUAAAAAAUGCCGAGAAAAUCAGAA